AUGAGCGGAUUUCGUCUUCUUGAUUUGGUCAAGUUCUUCUUGCCCAUCCUUCCCGAAGUGGAAUUGCCUUAUGAGACAGUCAAAUUUGAUGAAAAAAUCGUUUACACUGUUGGAUCUGCAAUCAUUUAUCUCAUGGGCCAGAUCCCACUUUAUGGAUUGAUCCCUAAUGCCCAAUUCCAUUUGAUUGACCCAUUCUACUCAAUUAGACCCAUAUUUGCAAUGGAGAAAGCUUCGUUGUUGGAAUUAGGAUUUUUGCCAAUUAUCACUUCAGCAUUUCUCUGGCAAUUAGCUGCUGGGUUGAAAUUGAUCAACAUCAAUUUGGGGUUGAGGUAUGACCGAGAAUUAUUCCAGCUGGGUCAGAAAUUAACUGCUUGGGGCUUAGCGUUGAUCUUUUCUGUUGGCUUGAUCUAUAGUGGAUACUAUGACAAUGUUAUUAGAGGCUACAAAGUUGUUGGCGGAUCAGGCGGUGUCCCCAUCUGGUCGUACUUGAUCAUUUUCACCCAAAUCUUUACAUGGCAAAUUGUGCUUACUUUGAUUGUGGAGAUUUUCGAUAAAGGCUAUGGGUUUGGUUCGGGCAUAUUGUCUUUUCUUGCCUUACAAAAUGCAACUUCGUUUAUAGCCGAACUUGUUGGAUUGGAAAUGUUCCCCGUUGUCAACAAUACCCUGAAGUUUGAGAGCUUGGGUGCAUUAUUGAACCUUGUGCGUAACUUUUCCAUAUUCAGCCCUACAACAACAAUCAACCAAAUUUGGCAUGCAUUCACCAGAGUCCAAUUACCAAAUUUGACUCAAUUCUACAUUACUUUAGCUACGAUCUUGGCAGUUGUCUUGUUGCAAAACUUUAGAACCGAGAUCUCCAUUAGAUCGACCAAGGUUAGAGGAAUGAACCAAAUGUUCCCCAUUAGACUAUUGUACACUGGCGGAUUGCCCGUAUUAUUUGCAUACACUGUUAUUGCCAACUUGCAAGUAUUUGGCUUCAUCUUUGAAGCAGCAUUGGUGAAACUCACUGCUUCUCCAAUCGUUUCCACCUUGUUCGCCAACUAUGUUGUUGAGCCAUAUUCAAACAGAUUAGUCAUCAAAUCCGGUGUAUUGUACUUUUUCACUGCAUCGCAAACUUUGCUCCAAUCCAUCAUUUCACCAUUGAGAGUUGUCAUUUACUCAUCUACAGUUGUUGGUUUGGCAACCUGGUUUGCUUAUAAAUGGAGCUACAUUGCUGGUUCGUCUCCAAAAGAUAUUUCAAAACAAUUCAAGGAACAAGGAAUCUCCAUUGCCGGUAAAAGAGACAUUUCAAUUACAAAAGAGUUUGCAAAGAUUAUCCCUACUGCAGCUGUAACUGGUGCGUUCAUCUUGAGUGCUCUUGCAGUCACUGGUGAUUACUUAGGUGGCUUAGGAAGAAAUGUCGCAUCGAUUGUUGGUGUGUCUUCUGCAUUUGGUAUCUUGGAGGAAUUUAUGAUUGAUUAUCAACAAGCUGGUGGUUCUCAAUUCCAAAGCGCCAUUUCUGGAUUUCAGUAG